GAUAGAUGGAAACGGUCCAUUGCAUUGAUGACAUGCGAUUCAACCCUUUAUUAUCUCCUGAGAUAUAUUCUUCUGUAUCAAAAUGGGCUUCGUAUUUAUUACAUGACAGUUAGGUCCGUACGACUGAUCGGGUCAACCUCUGGUAACCCCGGGUCAUAAAAGGAGCUGCAGGCACCUUCCUUAGCUAGGUAGGCAUCGAAUUUAUCCCUCUCAUCAAAAGACCUAAUAUCUUGACCCUUGUGAGACAUUAUAUCUCUCAACAGAUGGUAGUAAUUGCUGUUUUCGAUCGCGUGACAAUGCCUCGCUAUGACCGUCGAAGCUGCCCUAGCUUGCAGUCGCGAUGAGCGAAACGACAAUAGGAUCCGGGUCCGUAGGCCCGUCAAACCGACAGAUCUAAAUGGCCGGCUUCCUAUGACUUCGUCAGUGAAAGCGGAUUUCCAUACCCCAUCUAAGCCUUCUCUUCGUCAGUCCUUCGGGACCGACCCAGGAAACAUGAUAACCACUACACCACACGACCUGGUUAGUGUAAAAUCUAGCUUAUUGCAGUACUAAUCGGGUGACUCGCAAAGUGGCCAGAUCACGACAACCAGUCAUGUUCCGUCC